UGGGGGGCGCGGGGGGGCGUCACUGCUGAUGGGCAUUAUUUAAACCAGCCAGCAUACAAACGCCACUGUGGGACAGAAGAGCACAGACGUGGAUCAAGAUGCCAAACUGGGGAGGUGGUGCAAAGUGUGCAGCCUGUGAGAAGACUGUCUAUCAUGCAGAGGAGAUCCAGUGUAAUGGGAGGAGCUUCCAUAAAACCUGCUUCAUAUGCAUGAGCUGCAAGAAAGGACUGGACAGCCACACGGUCACCGCGCACGAAUCUGAAAUCUACUGCAAAUCUUGCUACGGCAAAAAAUAUGGGCCAAAAGGUUACGGAUACGGCCAAGGGGCUGGCGCUCUGAGCUCGGACCCUGUUGGACACCGCGACCAGCUGCAACCCAGCAAUGACCCUAAACCACGGCAAGCUUCCACAAACUCCACCUCCAGCAAGUUUUCCCAGAAGUUCGGAAGCUCCGACCACUGCUCUCGCUGCUCCAAAUCUGUCUACGCAGCAGAGAAGGUGAUGGGAGGAGGAAAGCCUUGGCAUAAAACGUGCUUCCGCUGUGCCAAGUGUGGUAAAAGUCUGGAGUCGACCACGGUGACCGACAAGGAUGGAGAGAUCUACUGUAAAGUUUGCUAUGCCAAAAACUUUGGGCCAAAAGGAUUUGGACUGGGCAAUGCCGCCAUGUUGGAGGAAUGAGCGUGAACACCGGAAGUCAGGAAGGAUGGCCGUACCUUAAAUGAAUAUUGUUUCACCAAAACUAUAACAACGGAAACUCUGCCUUUGCUCUCGUUUAUGUUUCUAAUAAACCAUAUUGGUAACAACA